AUGUCAACUUCAACUUUCAGUCAAUAUUGGUUGCCGGAGAAGAAAGGAUUCGACUGCCUCACUCUUCGUCAAGUUCCGUACAUAAAACCUAGUUUGGGGCAAAUUCUUGUCCGAAUCAAAGCAGUUUCUCUUAAUUGGAGAGAUGGUGUCGUUGCGCUAGGUACCUAUCCUUUUCCAGGUCCUGAUGCUGUGGUUCCGGGAAGUGAUGGUGCAGGAAUUGUUGAAGAAGUUGGCGAAGGCGUUACCGAAUGGAAAGUUGGGGAUCGAGUCCUAGCGAAUUUUACCCAAGAUCAUAUCGCUGGUCAUCUUUCAUAUGAAAUGAGUCUUUCACAACUAGGUGGAGAGUCUCAAGGACUCCUUGGGGAGUACUUCCUCUUUCCAAAGACUGGUGUGGUCAAGAUUCCGGACUAUCUAUCUUUUGAGGAGGCUUCUUGCCUUCCAUGCGCGGCUUUGACAGCCUGGAACGCACUUUACGGUCUUGUCCCUCUUCGACCUGGUCAAGUUGUCCUUCUUCAGGGAACCGGAGGUGUUUCGACGUUCGGUCUACAGAUAGCCCAUGCCGCCGGUGCAGUUACUAUUGUGACCUCUUCAUCUGAUGAGAAGCUUCUGAGAGCCAAAGAGCUCGGAGCUACCCACAUCAUCAAUUAUCAAGCCAAUCCUGAUUGGGCUGCUGAGGCGAAGAAACUCACUGGAGGGCGUGGAGUGGAUCAUAUCCUAGAAGUUGGAGGAACUCUCACUCUGCAAGCCUCGUUUGAUGCCAUUUCGUUCAAUGGCCUCAUUCACAGCAUCGGCCACAUCACAAACCCGGAUCCUCUAGGUGCGGGUAAAGACCUUCGUGGUCCAGAUGCUGCCUUUCUCGCUUUAGACCGACAUUGCAUCCUGCGAGGAGUGGUUGUCGGGUCGAGAGAACAGUUACAGGAUAUGCUGGCUUGUUUUGAAGCGAAACAGAUACGACCUGUUAUUGACAAGGUCUUUGAUUUUGAGAACACUAGGGAGGCCUAUGAUUACCUGUGGAGUUCCAAACACACAGGAAAGGUUGUCAUUAGAGUACCUUGA